GGCGGUUUGUUUCCACUGGGCCUUGCCAUGGUACAGUGGCUGUUGUUCUUAGUAGGUCUAGCUUCAAGCUUUCCAGAGGACCUCUUCAGCAAUAUCUCCUUGAGCAAUGACUGCUUAGACGGGCAUUGUGAGGUGCCCGCAGGGCAUACCUGGAUCCUUGAUCAGUCGGUGGAUGUAAAGACUCUCAAGGUCUUUGGCACCGUGAAGUGGGACACCGAGAAGGACGGCUUGGAGCUGCGUGCUGGGUACAUCCUAGUGGCUGAGGGCGGCUAUUUCCAAGUGGGUUCCAGGACGAAGCCCAUGGAGCUUAGUGCCACGAUCUACAUCAAGAGAGGAAGCGAGAGUCACCAGUGGUUUGGAGAUAGAUUCCUGGCCAGUGAGGGUGAGGCUCGCGUGGAAAUCCACGGUCGUCGCUUGAAGAGAACCUGGACCCUCCUGGCGCGCACGGCCGAGAAAGAUGACAAGCAACUCUUCCUCAAGCAUGAUCCGUUGGAAAUGGGGUGGCGAAUAGGAGACCACAUAGGGCUGGCGACCACCUCGCGGGGGCAGUCUCCGGAGCGCCGCAUCGUGGACAUCAGUCCCGCCACCGUUUGGCGGCUGGACCUGCACAAUGCGACGGCGGGUGUGGAACGAGAAGCAGCUUCCAACACCAUCGAUGGGCUUCUGAACACCGAAUGGUCCAGUUGGUGCGCUCCCUAUUGCACAGGCGCUGGCGAUGAGCACUGGCUGGAAGUGCAACUGGCGGCCUUGAGCGAGGUCUCUCACGUGAAGCUUUAUUGGCAUGCCGAGCGCUACGCGCCCGUCUCCCAGGUGGAGGUCUGCGAGGAUCGCUGCCGUGGGGUCCUGGCCACCGUGGGUGACCUGGAUCUCCGCAGCUUCAAGCACUCGGAGCCUCAGGUGGUGAAGCUGGGCUUCCAGGGGACUCACAUCCGGGUGAGCGCCAGCUUUGAGGAGCUGAAGGUUCGAGCAACUCCUCAUUGGGCCGGGCUCUUGCUGUACGAGAUCAGAGCCUAUGGCAAGGAGGUGAAUGUAACAGCUCCGGUGGUGCUUCAUUUGGAUAAUGGCUUGAGCAAUGAGCACUGGGGUGGAUUUCGGGAGGUGGAAGGCUAUUCGCUGGAAAUGGCAGCAGAGGUGGUCAAUCUGAAUCGAUCGGUGGUGAUCACAGGAGACCAUGACGACUUCAAGCUUUCACGGAAAGGUUUGCACACGAUUUCCGCCCACGGCGGAGUGAUGGACGUGCGGUACACGCGAAUUGAGUACUGUGGACAGCAGAACCACAUGGGCAAGUACUGCUUGCACUUUCACCAUGCUGGGCAGUGUGCGGAUUGUGUGUUCAUGGGGAACACCAUCUACGAGUCGGCACAAGUGGGCAUCACGGUGCAUGGCACCCAUCGAUCUCUGGUGGAGAACAACAUCCUGUGGGACACGGCAGCUGCAGGCAUUUAUAUCGAAGAUGGCAAUGAAAUGUUCAAUACUCUGAGCAACAAUGUCAUCAUUUGCACUUGGCAUGCCAAGUGUACAACUCCCUGGGAUGUGCAGCUGGGCAACGUUGCUGGCAUCUACAUGAUAGGCAUGACCAACAAUGUCAUUGAGAACCGAGUGGCGGGGUUUGAAAAUUGUAUUUGGACCAUUGGUUCCAUCGCUUUGCAGGGGCAGGGACAGGCCCUAGGCCGCGUGUGCCCGCAGCACACGCCCUUUGGCACCUUCCGGGGCAACGUGUGCCACGACAACAACCGCUUCGGGAUCUACUUGGACAACCAGAUGCCACGCAAUCUCGAAAGGGACUCGAAUGGCUUCGUGGUGGACAUGGGAUCUUGCGGCGAGUUCACACAGGAUGGCCGUGACAAUGGGCUAAGCCCUGCCAAUGUCAUCGAAGACCAGUUUGAUUGGCACAAUGAUUUCGUGGGCCAGUAUUCGAUGGGCGAUGUCGCCUUCCUUCGCUUCGUGAGCGUCAACAAUGCUCAUGACAUGUACUGGAAGGAGUCCAAGAACUUUGCAGAUGGAGUCUCACAUCACAUCAAAGAUUCCUUGUUCCUGACCGAUCCCAAUGACGACACCGUCCUGAAGGUGGCGCUGAUUGCAGGUCCAGCCGGUCCGUUCACCUUCCGCAUCACGAACACGACCUUCGGUGGAGGACACCUGGGCUGUGGGGCCAUUUGCGCUGGCCAACAUUGUGGCCUGGGAGGCGCAGGUGGUCCAUGUAACGUGCAGUACUUGCUUUCUGGCGUGGACUUCUCCAAGGUGCACCCUGGAGACAAAAAGAUCGUUUUUGGCAUCAGCACGGUCGACUUGGGUUAUGUGCAGCCCAUCUUCAUCGCUGAAGAUGACUCCCUCGGCGGCUACAGGUCCAUGGUUAGCAAGCAUCUCAAUGGCUUCGCAAAGCUCCCAGGAUGCCAGGUGAUGGGCGAGGAGUGGGACGAGGCGGUGGCGUGCGGCGGCCACGUUCGUCGGCUGAACCUGUGGAGUGCCAACUUGGGAGACCUGAAUAUGUACGGGCCUGGCUAUGACGUGGAGCCGACGCUGACGCCUGUGGUGAAGGGCAUGAAUGCUGGGAAGCUGCUUUUUGAGCCGAUGCAUGGUGGUUAUGGUGCUGUGGUCGUUGUGGGUCAGAACUAUUCGCUGAAAGGAGACUUCCGUGGAGACAUCUCAACGGAAUUGUCCGAUGUGAUUCUGGCGAAGACCUUUGACUUGGAGGAAACUCUUCACCUGACGAUUGGGAAUGAGACUUGCAAGGUCUCGGUACAGGAUGAUCGCAGUUGGCUCGGGGUGCGUGGACCUGCACCGUGGACCUCUCCGCGCGUGUCCUGCCUCACACGAGCCUUUGAGGCCAACUAUUUGACCAACGGAGGGACUACGACCUCACAGCCAACCACAACGACAGUCACCGGAACGAGUGGAAGCUGCGCGUUGGAGAGUGAAGUCCCCUGCUGCCCCGAUGGGAGCUGUGCAGAUCGAUGUACAGGUUCUCAGUGCUGCCCAUCCUCCAGCGGCACUGUCACAUGCCCUUCAUCCUCCAGUGUGCAGAUCUCCACCUGCGAUGCGGGGAAGAGGUUCGACUGCACGGGCAACACCGGGGUGGCACCGCCCGGGCGCUUGGAGGGCAACUGCGAGUUCCCCAAUCCACCUGCCAUUGCGUAUUAUUGGGAGCCUUUCUGCUUUCUUGGCAAGAAGGGUUGCUUCGCAGAUGGAGUGAAUGUGGAGUGUCGCUUCUGCGGCUCGGGUGACUUUGCCGACGUGACCUGCAACGGGACAGGGACAACGACGCUGUCCACAGUGUCGACCACCUCAAGCUCCACCUCGCGCAGAACGGAUGGAGAGUGCCAGUUCCCAAACCCUCCUCUGAUCCAGUACUACUGGGAGCCCGAUUGUUUUCUGGGAAUGAAGGGCUGCCUUGCAGAUGGAAGCAACGUGGAGUGCCGCUUUUGUGGUUCGGGCGAUUUCGCGGAUGUGACCUGCAUCACCACCACCACGACGACGACCACCACCUCAGGCGCAUGUUCUGUCUUGACGGGAGUCCAGAAGAGCUGCUCAGAGGAUGGUUGCACAGUUCUCACAGGUGGCAUGCUUUCAAGGACCUGCAGGCAAUAUUGCGAGGAACACUCCCUGAUUUGUGUUGCCGCGUGGGAGGACAGCAACGAUGACUGCAACGUGCUGGCCUCUUUGACCUGCGAUCAAACCUACCAGGGCACUCCGGAUUUGAUUUGCCAGUGUGCUCCACAGCCGCCACCGCCGGUGAUUUGGAUUCAGAACCAGGAUGGGCUUUGCUUGAUGGCAAAGGACUUCAACAUCAGUGGCGCGGCGGUGAACUUGCACCCCUGCGUCCCGGAGUCGGUUCCAUCCGAGCAGUGGAUUCACCAUCCCUCCACCGGACAACUGACCAAUGCCAACGAGCUCACCCGCUGCUUGCACGCGGCGGAGCAAGACGUCCCAGGAGCCUUGCUGGUGAUGUUGCCCUGCAGCGCCGGCUCGCCGGCGCAGAACUUUACGCUGGACGACGCGACGCGGCAGAUCCGCAUCUCGAGUGGGCUGUGUUUGGAGUGGCUGCCAGGUGGCGAGUGGAUGACGGUGGUCACAGCGGUCUGUGGAGUGACCAAUCAGAUGUGGUAUUGGGGUGAAGAUCCUGUUGCCACGACCACCACCGUGGUGCCGGGCUGGACUGAGACUGCCUGGGGACCACCCAGCGCCAGCGUGACGGGGCUUCUUCAACAUUCGGGAGGUCUUUGUGCACAUCAAACCAACCAGUCGUUGACAAUGGCAGUGUGUGAACCUGGAAGCUCCCAGUGGUUCACGUACAACGAAAGCUUGCGACAGAUCUCCGCUGGUGGCCUUUGCUUGGCCAGCAGCAUUUCCAGCAGCGGAGGCAUUGCCCUAGGGAGUUGCAAUGAAUCCUUGGUGACGCAAUUUGCAUUCAACCUUCAGUCUGGGAUGAUUUGGAACAGGCAGAUGCAAUGCCUGGAGGCUGCUGUUCCUCUGGUUGAAGGUUCUCUGGUGCACCUGCGGGAUUGCAACAGGAGCCAAGAAGGACAACGCUGGCUUUUCAAUUCGGCUGCCACAACCACGCAAGCUCCAGUGUCUGUGGGACUGCACAUCAAGCUGGACUCCGGCUUGUGCCUGGCCAGCAAAGAGAAUUCAUCCAGGAGUUGCUUGGAGCUUCGCGGCUGUCAAGAAGCUGAUCAAGCCCAGAAAUGGUUCUACGAUGAGACGUCCAACCAGCUGAAGAACGGCUGGGAUCGGUGCUUGGCCGCGCCCCACGCGGGUGGUAUUCUGCAGGCGAAGAUCGCCUUUGCUCCCGUCCGAGGGGGCAUCGGUCGCGCUUGUCGCGGCAGCAGCUGGAGAGACAAUGACCGCUCCAACUACAUCGCUUUUUGGCCCGUGGACUUGCUUGAAGUCUGUAAAGAGCGCUGCCGGGAAAGGGCCUCCUGCACCGGCAUCGAAUUCAAUGCUUGGCUACGGCGCUGCGAGGUUUGGAUCAAGCCGGUCACCACGUCAGUCAAAGCUUCGAACUUCACCUGCUACAACGCCUCUCUGGAAGAUCCAACCUUGGCGAUCUUUGAAGAUGUGGAUGGCGGUGCUGACCGCGUGUGUCGAGGGAAGCAUUCAGGCGACAACUCUGCCUCGUACUACACAGCGAGCCUGGCUGAAUCCAAGGAGGACUGUCAGCGACAAUGCUCCAUGGCCACAGGCCGCUGCACAGGAUUUGAGUACCACCAGUUUGGGCGCUGUGAGCUUUGGUCUGCCCCAGUCGGCAGUAGCCGCGAGGCAAGUGGAUACUAUUGCCGAGCACUAGCGACGGUCAUCACCCAAGACUGCAACGUCAGUGAUGUGCGACAGUCCUGGCGAUUGGAUUCUGCUAGGAAGAUCUUGUCAGUGCAGGAUGGGGCCUGCUUAGAUGCCGUUGGUGGGACCAUUGAAGGCGAUCGUGUGCGCUUGCUCACCUGCAAUGCUGAGAGUCAAACCCAGUUGUGGUCAUCGAUCUCAAUGGGAGUUCUGCAAGAAGAGGUUCAUCCGAAGGUGGUCACUGGCUGAAGAGGCCGUGACAGGGGUAGCCGCCGAGCGCUUGGCGGCUGUGGCGGAGAUAUGGCAUUUUCCAAGGAUGAGUUGGACACAUUUUUGGAGACCAUGUUAUCAUAUUAAGGACAUCGAUGGGAUGAGUUGAUGGGAUGGUGUGGCUCCACAAAGGUCUACAUCGAACUUUCUUAAUACUCCAAGAAGGUCAGGCUGUUUAAGCAAUGUGAAGGACUGUGAAGGACUGGCGGAUCCUUGGAAUGCCAGCAGCCAGACGUUGCCAAAGCAUGCAACAACUGUAGGUCCACUAGGUGAGUUUUUCCCCUCUUCUGUGAAGUUUUCAGGGAAGAGAACCGUCUGUGAGGUUUUCAGGGCAUCGAAUGCCGCCGUGGGGGAAGCGAUGCGUGUGUGGAGGAAAGGUUGACCCGGCUGGCUACAAAAGGAACCAGCUUUGAGGGUAUGUGACCAAGUAGCCAACGAGCUACCUGUACUUCUCCAUUCAAGAGCCUGAGUUUGAUAGCUUCUUGAUGGUUGUUUUCGCGCUCAAGAAAAGCGCUACAGACCCUAGGGGCCUGGGAGCUUGUGGGGUGAAAAUGCCACCACAGGUUCACAUGCGCCAGGCGAGAAAAAGAACUGACAAGACCGGCUACUGGUAGGGUGGCAGGGUUGAAGAUGGCUAUCGAACCCAUGGUGAAGCCACAGAGGAUGC